AUGAGGCUCAAGAUCAGAACCUCUUUAUUUGUGCUGGGAAGGAUUGUAAGCUCAUCAAAGCCAUUUCCAACCCAUGGAUUCCAUUCUCGACUUUUCAGUACCAACAAUACCCCGAAAACCUCGAAACCUUUAAGAAUUUUGUUUUGUGGUUCCGACGAUUUUAGUUGCGAAUCUCUUCGUUCUUUAGUGGCAGAACAAUCAUCAGACCCAAAAGGAAUCGCUUCUAUCGACGUUCUCAUUCGACCAGGUAAAAGGUUCGGAAGAGGCUUGAAGGAAACUCGUGAAGGUAAUGUCUGAAAUUCUGAGGAUCAAUUUGCCCUUGCAUACUGAUCAUUGAUAGUCCCGCUGAGGAAAGUAGCCGAAGAGUUGAAUCUUCCUAUACAUGAGAGAGAUACAUUCACCGGAUGGGAUGUAAGUUUCGACUUUUGGAUAUGUCUUCGCUGCCUUGAGAACUUCAACUAAUCAUAUUCUAGUUGCCCAAACCAAAUGGAGAAUCAAUCAACCUUAUUGUAGCUGUUUCGUUUGGUCUCUUUGUACCGCCACGUAUUCUCAACAGUGCUGAAUAUGGUGGAAUUAACGUUCAUCCUUCCCUGUUGCCACAGUACAUUUUCCCAACAUUAGGUUUCUGCACCAAUGCUAACCAUAAUGUAUAGAUACCGAGGAUCCGCUCCAAUCCAUCAUGCAAUUAUAAAUGGAGACACAAUUACUGGUGUCACACUUCAAACUUUGGAUCCUCAUAAGUUUGACCAUGGCACUAUUCUCAGUCAAGAAGGUUUCCCUAUUCCACAACCAAAAACAAUAAAUUACCAAGGCCUUUUGGACUUCAUCAUACCAAAGGCCGCGGAUUUAUUUGCAAAGGGUAUUAGAAAUCGAGUCUUCGUAAACCCAGAGUCGGAUCAAGCGAUCAAGCUUGCCCCCAAGAUCAGCCCUGUUGCUAGAUACAUUAACUGGGAAGAAGGAUUAUCUGCCGAUGUCGAACGGAGACACCGGGCACUUGGUAGACUUUGGUGUUAUACACGUACCUGGUGGUCAGGUAAGAAUAAAAAACGGACAAUCUUCCAUGAUUUCGAGGUUGUACCAUUACCAAAACAAUCUGUGGUGCUUCCAGAACGGGUGUAUAAUUUAUUCCCACGAUGGGAAUAUUUCUGCACUCCUGUAUAUGCAGAUCCUACUCAUCCAGGAUCUAUCAUCAUUCCAACUGUACAAAAUGGAUUGGGGCUCCGAGUUAAACAAAUUCUCGUAGAAGGUCAGGUGGUGGGUUCGGCCAUUGAUGCUGUGCAUAGAGUAUCGGGUUUCACCAAAGACCCAAAUGAUGAUGCUAUGUUCAUGUCUGUAGCAUUGACGGAUAUAUCAGAGGAUGGUCAGCCAGUUCUGCGCGAUGGUAAAGGCGUUGAGUAUGCGGCGAAACACCUGCUUCCAAGCAAGACGCUAAAAAUCAGCCGGGCGCGGCUUAUUGAUCCCAUUCCCAAGAAUCAACCGCAACAUAUAUAGAUUUAUAAUAGAACAAUAAACCGAGAAAAAAGACCCAGAAUCCGGUGGUAUGUAGCGUAUCAUCUCAUGGCUCUCAAGUGGAGGAUAGUGAUUUGAACUAUGUAUGAUAUUGAGCAGGAACGAGAGGUAUCGGAAUUUUGAAGGAAAGAAGGAAAUGGGCGCUCUGUGUACUGUGUACUGUAAUCUGGAUACAAGCUCGUCUAUUGUUCCGACGCCCAAGGGCAACCCAUCUCUAUCGAAUUGCACCGGGGGUUGAAAGCAUUUGUUUUAUGGAAUGAAGGAGGACAAUAGUCGCUAUGUCCGGCGUAAUUCAGAGCAGUACCCGCACGAUUGCUGAGAGCAAGGAGAGUAAUUUGACCUUUAUCUAAUAGCGGACAAUGAUGAAAUUUCUUCCGCUGCUGAGAUUAUGGAAAGCAAUGGUCGAUUUGUCUAGUGGGCCAAGGAUGGAAUAGGCUUUAUUGCUGUAACACACAAGAUAUUAUUGUUCUAUGUCUAGUAGGCACUCGAGAAGGAAUCCUUUGAUUGUUGAGAGUAAAAAGAGGUAACGGCUAACCCAUCUAGCAUAUCAAGGGUAGAAUAUGCUCCAUUGCCGAACCGGGAAUAGAUCUUUAAUUUAUA